AUGAUACAGGCCAGUUCGUCUCCAUCUUCCGCUGACAGCACGACCACAGUGAUCUCUUCUGCAACAGCCACUUCCUCUCCAACGCCCACUGAGAGUCCCACCACAGUGCCUACAUCUACAGAUCUCAGUUCCUCUCCUACUCCUACUAACAAUGCCACACCAGUGCCUUCUUCUACAGAGGGCACUUCCUCUCCAGCAUCCACUGAGAGUGCCACCACAACGUCUUCUUCUUCAGAGGCCAGUUCGUCUCCACCUUCCACCGACAGCAUUACCACAGUGUCUUCCUCUACAGCAGCCAGUUCAUCUCCAACACCCAUUGACAGCACGACCACAGUGAUUUCUUCUACAGCAGCCACUUCCUCUCCAACCCCCACUGAGAGUGCCAGCACAGUGCCUACAUCUACAGAUCUCAGUUCCUCUCCGACUCCUACUAACAAUGCCACACCAGUGCCUUCUUCUACAGAGGCCACUUCCGCUCCAACAUCCACAGAAGGUGCCACCACAAUGUCUUCCUCUUCAGAGGCCAGUUCGUCAGCAGCUUCCACUGAGAGCACGACCACAGUGAUCUCUUCUGCAACAGCCACUUCCUCCCCAACCCCCACUGAGAGUGCCACCACAGUGCCUACAUCUACAGAUCUCAGUUCCUCUCCUACUCCCACUGACAAGGACACACCAGUGCCUUCUUCUACAGAGGCCACUUCCUCUCCAAAAUCCACAGAAGGUGCCAUCACAAUGUCUUCCUCUUCAGAGGCCAGUUCGUCAGCAGCUUCCACUGAGAGCACGACCACAGUGAUCUCUUCUGCAACAGCCACUUCCUCCCCAACCCCCACUGAGAGUCCCACCACAGUGCCUACAUCUACAGAUCUCAGUUCCUCUCAUACUCCUACUAAAAAUGCCACACCAGUGCCUUCUUCUACAGAGGCCACUACCUCUCCAACAUCCACUGAGAGUGCCACCACAACGUCUUCUUCUUCAGAGGCCAGUUCGUCUCCAUCUUCCGCUGACAUCACGACCACAGUGGUCUCUUCUACAACAGCCACUUCCCCUCCAACCCCCAAUGAGAGUGCCACCACAGUGCCUACAUCUACAGAUCUCAGUUCCUCUCCUACUCCCACUGAGAAGGACACACCAGUGCCUUCUUCUACAGAGGCCACUUCUUCUGCAACAUCCACAGAAGGUGCCACCACAACGUCCUCCUCUUCAGAGGCCAGUUCGUCUGCACCUUCCACUGAGAGCACGACCACAGUGAUUUCUUCCGCAAAGGCCACUUCCUCUCCAACCUACACUGAGACCCACUUCCUCUCCAACAUCUACUGGACGUGCGACCACGUCUUCUUCUUCAGAGGCCACUUCGUCUCCACCUUCCACCGACAGCAGUACCACAGAGCCUUCCUCUACAGAAGCCAGUUCAUCUCCUACACCCACUGA